UCCCAAUGUGACACCACUUCUCUGUGGCAGUGAGUGACUUGGCGGUAUGCGAGAGGAGGACUGGUGGCAUCUCUGCACCUCUGGCAAAGGAGAACACCUGCAUGGCUGCUGCUUCAUGGUCAGUAGGAACUGUCGAAGGAACGCCCGGAAAGUCAAAGAACAUAGAUCAAGGAAUGGAUGCAAAUCUUGUGCCUAGCCGGGUGCUAACACAAACUCGAAUUGACGUGAUAUUCAAGAAGGAGAUGGAGACCAGGUCAAAACUCAGCAAAGCUUGGGCAAAAUGGUUUCGUAGCAAUGGUGUUCCUGGAAAUAAGGCAGACUGCCCACACUUCCGUAAUGCCCUGAAGCUAACACAUCAGCUAGGUACCCGCUUCGUUGUGCCUACAGGUGAUGAAAUAGAUCACGCAAAUCUGGAAGCCAGUGAUGAAGAACUUCUGUAGGUAUAUAUUGAAGGUGAACUGCUUGAGCAUAUGAGAAGCUUAAAUACUUCUAUCAUGUUUGGACAAACAGUUUGUGAUUAUGAAGUAUGAACUGCUGAUCCGUGCUUUGUAAUUUUUCUA